AUGAGCGGAACCACCGAUGACACGGCCAAGGGAAACGCCGCCGCUGCCCUGUCGGCGCCACCGUACGAUGCCAUGCUCAAUUCCACGGCGUACGAGCGGUUGCGCGCGGAGCACCCGGCGGAGUUCGCGCCCGCGAGCGUCUUCUUCGCACACGAUGACCGGAGCGCCAUCGACCGGCGCAACAGCUUCCGGGUGAAGGCCGCGCUCGUCUACGAGGCCGUCACGGGCCGGCACGUCGACGACCACAUGCUGCGCGCCAACAGCCUACUCCUGGCCCUCGCCAGGAAAUGCCAUUCCAAAAUCAAUGGACAACCCGAAGAAGCAGGAGAUCCUGCGGAGGUGACAGACGAACGCUGGGACGCAAAGAAGAAGCGCGUGGUCGACGGCAUCUUCCUCGUCGUCGGCUUCCUGCCAAAGCUCAACGAAGCGAUCACAAGGAAGAACGCGGACCGCGACUCCGUCGACCAGAUCUUCAAGUCGCGCCACAUGCUCGACAUGGUCACGGACGUGAUCAAGCUCGAGAACCAGCUCCGGCUGCAGGACCUGCUCAACGUGGCCCGCCACAUCGAGGCCGUCAUCACGGAGACUGUAGAGCAAUCCGAUUUUAAGGACGUCAAGGAAUCCAUGGGACGCGAGUACAAGCUGGACGUCACGGAGCAGAACCUCGCCGACGUGAUCCACCGCUUCUGCUGGUACUACUCGCCCUUCUCCACAAAGAAGACCGCGGCGGCGCCCCCGGACAGCCCGUUCAAGGACGUCGCGGCCAGCAAGGAGACGGCGGCGCGCACGCUCCUGGACUGCCUGCACAUGAGCGUGGUGAAGCCGGCGCAGGGGAAGGGCGGGGCCGUCACCGGCAGGUCGUCUCGCAUGCCGACGGCGAGGGAUCUCCGGCGGUCCGGGGUCCGUCUCCAGGCCUCCGAGAACGGCCGCACUGAGAUCGAGUUCGCGCAGCCGACGGUGUUGCUGCCGGCGCUGGUGUACGACUUCAAGCUGGCCACGGUGGCCCGGAACCUCCUGGCGCGGGAGUACGAGGAGCAGAGCAAGCCCAUCACGCGCUACUUCCAGAUGGUGAACGAGAUCGUGGAAGACGUGGCCGACGUGCGGAUUCUCCGGCGCGCCGGCGUGGUCCGCGGCGGGUCCGGCGGCGGGCAGGAGGUGCACGAGCUGAUCAAGAGCAUCGACGGCCACGCCACGUACCCGUCCGUGUACAUGGCCAUGGACCGGGAGAUCGACAAGGUGAGAGAGUACCACGACCAGAGGAUGGCCAACUUCUUCGUCCGCAACCGCCCGGCGUCAUCUGGGCCUCGUCGGUGGCCGCCAUCUCGAUGGCGGCUAUCGUCGCCACGAGGAGGAAACGGGGCUGACGCCAACGACGAAGCAGCUGCCACUUUGGCAGCUAAAAUGGUGCGCCGUCACAUAUAUAUACGUAUCUACACAUGUACAUGUAUAUAUUGUAACUUGAUGUGUUGUAAGGCGUACCAUGGUCCGUACGUCGACUAG